GAUUAAUGAAGUAGGGAAUUUGUUGAUUAUUGUCGCCUUAUUUUCCUCACAUUUCCUCCUGCUUUCCUCUUUUUUCUUCUCAGUCACACUCUCUCUUUCUCUUUCUCUUUCUCUUUCUCUUUUAAAUAAGUUUUGGUUAAUUUCAUCACUCAUUAAGCUCCCUCCCUCUCUCUCUCUCUCUCUCUCUCACACACACACACACACACACAUUCCUGUUGAAACUUGUAAUGGCAAUGGACUCUCACUAGUCCCACUUUAACUUUCACUGUGUCUAUCUUUCUGUCUUUUCUUUUCUUUGCUUUCCUCACCCUAUUUGGAGAUCCCCCAUUUAUGCCUCAGCCCUCCACUUUGGGUUCUCUCCCACCUCCAUGAUUAAGCCUUUUCCUCAUCAUGAAUGUAAGGUCCCAACAUACCAUGCUGCACACACACACACAGUGAGCAAAUAGAGGCACAAGGAGUGGUGGGGGUGUGGAACACGGCAUAAAGAUUGAAUUUUGAGCGGGAAGAGAGGGAAAGAUGCAGUCUUUUAUAAAAAAAUGUUGAUUUAAUUUUAUUUUAGGAGGAGGGUUUCGUUGGCUGCUAUGAUUCUUGCAAGAUUUUUAUAAAAAAAUUAUCUGGGGUUUGCAGUAGUGGGACAGAGAGAAUAAUACUUAGAUAAUGGGACAGUAGGCGUCAGUAGCUAUAGCAGAAACAAACAAACAAACGAGAAACUGAAUUGGGAUUUCUUGAAAUAGUGGAAGAGGAAAAAUGAUGUCUUCAGGCAUAAAUUUGGUGAUGACAGUGAUUGGUUUCACAGUUAGUACUAUGUUCAUAGUGUUUGUUUGCACGAGGUUGAUUUGUGCAAGAAUUCAGCUGAAUGCAUCGAGGCGGUCUUUUGCCAGAUCUGAUUUUAGCGUUUUGGAAAGGGGUCUUAAUGGAAUCGAGCCGCUUGUAGUAGCCAAUUUUCCCACGAGAAAGUAUCGAGACCUAUGCUUGACAUCGAAAGAAAAUGCUCAGUGCUCGAUAUGUCUUUCCGACUACCACGGAGAAGAUUCGCUCCGUUUCCUGCCCCUCUGCGGGCACUCCUUCCACGCGGCUUGCAUCGACAUAUGGCUGCAGCAGCACUCCACGUGCCCGGUGUGCAGAGUCUCCCUCCGCGAGCUCCCCGAGAAGAAAUGGUUCAUGCAGCCGAUGUUCAGCUCAGCUAUCCGGUCUCAAUACAGCGCGCAGCCGCCCGUGAACGCGCACUACUGUCAUUGCAUGGCCAACGGCCCGAGGCCUUCGUCGCUAUCCCAUAGCAACCUCUCGACGCACCACCAUCACCCCGUGCAGCCGGACGAGGCAGCAGUUCGCUUCGGUGAGUCGAAAGAGUCGGGAAAUAGGAAAGGCGGGACCCCGUCGGAGCGGUGAGAUUCCAACGCCUUCUAGGCCGAGCUAUUCAGAUUGCACUUGACAGGAGUUGAUGCUAUGUUUCAAUAUCCAUCAUAUUGUUCUUGCUUUUGGGGGGUUUUUGUAAAUAUGGCAUUAUAUAUAAGUAGUAUUUUUCCUCCCUAUCUUUCCCUUUUUUAGAUUUCUUUGAUUUUGUAAUUGUGUUGUAGAAAGGCAGUUUUGUUAGUUUAGUUAGAAACAAAUGUAAUAUAUUUUUAAUAUAUUAUAUAUUUUUGUGGUCUUUUAA